UUUGGUGACCUGUCCAGCGAUGCCGCCAUCGCCGGGAACCCGAAGGUGGCCGCCCACGGCAAGGUUGUGAUGGGUGGGCUGGAUAAAGCCGUGAAGCACAUUGAUGACAUCGUCGGCGCCUUCAAGAGCCUGAGUACGAUGCACUCUGAGAAGCUCCAUGUGGACCCUGCCAACUUCCAUAACUUCGCCAACGUCAUCUCUGUGGUUGUGGGUUCCAAGUGUGGCUCCGCAUACACCCCUGAGGUCCAGGCGGCCUUUGAGAAGUUCCUGGAAGUGGUCGUCCAUGCCCUGAGCAAACAGUACCACUGAGAGUCCCUACAGUCGUGCAGCAGUCAUACAAGUGCUUUUGAAAUGACUGUUGUAUCUGUGUCGACAUAUCAAAUAAAACUAAACUGAGCCUAAAA